AUGGCUGUUCCGGGAGGAUCCCAACAGCAAUUCCACCAGGGAACUCAAUUCGAUCUCUUCGAAUGGCACCCCAAGUUCCAGUCGUGCCUUCGCUACUUCCUAGAUGAAGCCCAAUACACCCCGCCCGUUCAGGUCGUAGCCUCCUUCAUCAACAUCCAACUUCCCUUCCAGCAUCCGAUCCAUCCCGUCUACUCCUACAGCCCAACGGUGGGUGCGCCAGGCCCUGCCGCGACCCCGCGACCAGCUGCCCUCGGCCCGGCCCCCGCAAAGCGCGCACUCGUCCCCGUGAACGUCACUUUGAUCCCAUACGUCCGCCGCCUCAUAGUUACCGGUUUCGAUUUCCCCGCCGUCCUGCACGGCUUCUUCGGCGAUGACUGGGCUGAGGGCAUCGGUCCAAUACACGAAACCGAGCGCAAGAACUACCUCUUCGCUGCCAAGAGCGAGAACUGGCUGAAGGUCAAGGCCGACUAUGAUAUGGCCGAUGGCCAGUACGUCCCUUUCCUCAAGCCUCUUCAAGAAGUUACAGAGAAGGAGAUCCAAUCUGCAGAAGCUACCUGGAGCGAGUGGUUGGCUAUGCAAGACUGGAUGCUUGGCCCGAGGGCACCCGAUAUUACCAGGGCUAGCGGAGUCCACAUCAAGCAGGAGAGACGACAAUAA